GCGUGCGUGUGUGGCCGGCCUCGCGGCUCGCGGGCAGGCGGCUGUGUGCGGGAGGGAGCGCGUGGGGACACAGGAGGGGCCGCUGGGCUUGGCCGUGCCAUGCCGGCCACCGGCUGCUGCGGGGGAAGACAGGGGGGAGGAGGAGGGGAGCUGGCGGCCAGGGCGGCUUGGUGACGAGGCUGGUUGGCCAAACGGAGGUGGCUGUGCUGCCCGCUGCCCACGAUGGGGGGACAGAUCACCCGGAGCACCCUCCACGACUGUUGGCUUCCUGAGGCCAGGAUCCAUGUAUGUUUCAUGUCUAUAUCUCCAGUGCCUAGGACAGGACUUGGUGUUCAGCAGAUACCUGAUGAAUAUUUGUUGAAUAAAGUAAAUCAAUAGAUAAAUGACGGUGGUAGUGACAGUGAAUGGUGUGGACAGUAGAGACUCCAUCGGGGGUCCCUUCCCCGUCACCUCCCACCGAUGCCACCACAAGCAGAAGCACUGCCCGCCAGUGCUGCCGGGCGGGGGGCUCCCGGCCACGCCGCUGCUCUUCCACCCACACACCAAGGGCUCCCAGAUCCUCAUGGACCUCAGCCACAAGGCCGUCAAGAGGCAGGCCAGCUUCUGCAAUGCCAUCACCUUCAGUAACCGCCCGGUCCUCAUCUACGAGCAAGUCAGGCUGAAGAUCACCAAGAAGCAGUGCUGCUGGAGCGGGGCCCUGCGGCUGGGCUUCACGAGCAAGGACCCGUCCCGCAUCCACCCUGACUCGCUGCCCAAGUAUGCCUGCCCUGACCUGGUGUCCCAGAGCGGUUUCUGGGCCAAGGCACUGCCUGAGGAGUUUGCCAAUGAGGGCAACAUCAUCGCUUUCUGGGUGGACAAGAAGGGCCGCGUCUUCUACCGCAUCAACGACUCAGGCGCCAUGCUCUUCUUCAACGGGGUCCGCACGGCUGACCCGCUCUGGGCCCUGGUGGAUGUCUACGGCCUCACACGGGGCGUCCAGCUGCUUGACAGCGAGCUGGUGUUCCCGGACUGCCUGCGGCCGCGCUCCUUCACCGCCCUGCGGCGGCCGUCGCUGCGGCGCGAGGCGGACGAGGCGCGCCUCUCAGUGAGCCUGUGCGACCUCAACGUGCCGGCGGCCGAGGGUGACGAGGGCGGGCCGGCCGCCGGCUGCCCCAUCCCGCAGAACUCGCUCAACUCGCAGCACAGCCGCGCGCUCCCGCCGCAACUCGACGGCGACCUGCGCUUCCACGCGCUGCGCGCCGGCGCGCACGUCCGCGUCCUGGACGAGCAGACGGUGGCGCGCCUGGAGCACGGUCGCGACGAGCGCGCGCUUGUCUUCACCAGCCGGCCCGUGCGCGUGGCCGAGACCAUCUUCAUCAAGGUCACGCGCUCGGGGGGCGCGCGGCCCGGCGCGCUCUCCUUCGGCGUCACCACGUGCGACCCCGGCACGCUGCGGCCGGCCGACCUGCCUUUCAGCCCCGAGGCCCUGGUGGACCGCAAGGAGUUCUGGGCCGUGUGCCGCGUGCCCGGGCCCUUGCACAGCGGCGACAUCCUGGGCCUGGUGGUCAACGCCGACGGCGAGCUGCACCUCAGCCACAACGGCGCGGCCGCCGGCAUGCAGCUGUGCGUGGACGCCUCGCAGCCCCUCUGGAUGCUCUUCGGCCUGCACGGCGCCGUCACGCAGAUCCGCAUCCUCGGCUCCACCAUCCUGGCAGAGCGGGGCAUCCCAUCACUCCCCUGCUCCCCUGCCUCCACACCAACCUCACCCAGUGCCCUGGGCAGCCGCCUCUCUGACCCUUUGCUCAGCACGUGCAGCUCUGGACCUCUGGGUAGCUCUGCCAGCGGGACGGCCCCCAACUCACCGGUGAGCCUGCCUGAAUCGCCAGUGACCCCAGGUGUGGGCCAGUGGAGUGAUGAGUGUACCAUUUGCUACGAGCACGCGGUGGACACGGUCAUCUACACGUGUGGUCACAUGUGCCUCUGCUAUGCCUGUGGUCUGCGCCUCAAGAAGGCCCUGCACGCCUGCUGCCCCAUCUGCCGCCGCCCUAUCAAGGACAUCAUCAAGACCUACCGCAGCUCCUAGCCCGUGGCACCCCACCCCGCACACCCACCUUCUGAGACCACAGCCCAGCUCCAGCCGAGGGGCAAGCCAACAGGGCCCCUUCUCUUCCUCAUUUUGGGAACUCUUUUUCCUUCUCCAUUAAACAUGGGAAACUGAGGCCCUGAAGGUUUGGGGGGAGACGGGAUAUCAGGCAGGGACGCGGGGGCGGACGCAUAUCUCCUGGCAGAGGGGAGGGGAGGAGGCUGCACUCCUGUCUUUCUCUUCUCUGUCUCAGCUCUUCCCCGCAUGCUGAGAGGCUAAAUGGGGUCUCAGUCUGUCCUAAUCCAUCCCCACCUGGGGCAGAUUUCUAGAAGGUCCCUCUAGCCCAUGUGGCACCUUUGUGAGAAUUAAAAAAUGUGUACCUUCCUGUGGGCAGCUGCGGCCCGGCUCCAGGGCAUGGGGCUUGGCUAGGGGAGUGUGGACUGGAUCUCAGCUGCCGUUGCUCCCUCAGCCAUCUGCCCCUGAGCAGUGCACAGCCUGCUCCACAGCAGCCUUGGGCAGGCAGCCCCUGAGCUGCUGUCUCACUCUCUGCCCUCUGCACACCUUGUCUUUCUUCCCUGCCCACUGGGCCUAGCAGCUGGGCAAGGAGGUGGUAGAUGCCUCUUCUCCUGGGUAGGCUGCAGCCCCUAUGCCGUGUCUCUCUCCUGCUCCCCCAGGAUGAGUGGAUGGACGGGCUGCCGAGGGCUCCAGGUUCUGGGUCCCUAGCCCCCUGCCCUGGUUGAGAUGGGGAGGAGCCCUUCCUGGCCAUAGUCUUUCUGCCCCAGGCAUCUUGUUGGAUGUUGUUGCCCAGGGUGGCCCUUUGGAAUGGACUGGAGAGUGGGGUCUGUCUGUUGUCAGGUCUCUAAGGACAGGUUUGCAGCUACUGUCCCUGAUCUGUCUUCCCACAUCUCAGUGCUGUCCUGGGCCCAGGCUGAUUCUCAGAGGCUUUAGCAUGCCCAGGAGGAACGAGGGCCCUGGAUUGGGGUGGGCAGAUUUCCUGGGCCAAGGUCAGCCUUUUUCCUUAUUUUAAGUUAUUUAUUUAUUUGGUUUGUGGGUUUUGGGUUUUUUUAUUUGUUUAUGGGGUGAGUUCUCAUUCCAUGGGUCCCUAGAAAUGCUGCCCUGGUAUGUGGGGUGUCUGAGGAGAGGGGGCUGCAGAGAUAAUCAUCACUCACAGUCUCCCCUAGACUCCAGCCAUGAAGCCCAUAGCCAGCCCUGCUAACCAUGAAUUGGAAGUCCGUAAAAAGGGGCCAAAUUGAGAGGCCACCUAGCAAAUUGUGUCCAUUUUACAGAGAGGCAAACUGAGCCUCUUUAGUGCGCUGGGGCUGGUAGAUCACCCAGCACCACAAAGUGCCCUUCCACCCUGAGUUCCCCCCUCCCUAAGGACAUAAAAAUUUCUAGAAAGGCUGAGGGAGGGGCACCCCUCAUGGGCCUGGGAACAGGACUGGGGGAACCUUGUCCUAAUAGGGCAGGGAGUCUGUUCUUAGGAAAGGCUUGCCACCCCUGGGAAAGAUGGGAAAGGGCGGCUCCCAGCACUUGGUUCUUAUUCUGGGUUCUGGGGAGGGAGUGCCCACACCUGCUUUUGGGUUACAGUCAUCUCAGCCCUGCCCACCUUGUCCUGGGCCGGGGCCAGGUCCGAGUCUUGGCCUAGGCUCCUCCAGCCUCCCAACCCUCCGCUUUUUUGCACCCACCAGAGACUAAUUCUCCCUGUGACAGGCGGGGCAUGGGGCUCCAGUCCUGGCCCUGGCCAGUCAAGAGUCCCUCUGAACCUCUGCUUCCACCUCUGUAAAAUGGCUGUUUGGGGGAGAGGGCAGCCUUGCUGCAUGACUCUUGGGAGUUCAUUGGUGAGGGGCUGCUGUGGGGUGGUGUGAUGGGGAAGCACUGAGGACAGGACUCCAGGCUGGCCUUUGGGGAAGUCACCAUUCCACUGCAGGUCUCUAGUUCCCAGCCACUGACCCUGGGAGACCCUUUCAGUGGGAGUGGUCAGGGGCUCCAUCCCAGAGGCAGGAAAGGCCUCAAGUACAGGAGCUGCAUGGCCUGAGGGGUGGGGAGAGGAAGCCAUCAGUCGUCUUUAUCUCUGUUAGUGGGGGUAGCUGCUGCCUCCUUUGUGAACUUGGGUUGGGUCACUGUGAUUGUGAAUAAAGGUGAUUUCGUACCAGCCUGAGGGCUGUA